UUUUUCCGCGUUUAGCGUCACGUGACAGGGGUGCGACAACAGCAGCGAUGGACUUGGUGGUGCUGUAUCUCGUGGCCGCGGCCGGUUUGAUUUCGCUGAUCCUUCUUGCGGUUAAACUGCGAGGACACCCCGCGGCAGCUGCCCGGGAACAGCAGAAUGGCGUGCCAGCUCGAGCAGUGGCGCACCGCCCGGUGGCGGAGGAUCGGGGCGCUGACAUGCCACGGCGGAGGAGGAACCUCAACAGCAGAGUGAUGGCACAGCGGCGCGCCCAGAGGGACGCAUCAGAUGAAAGUGACGUGGAGGUGGAAGCAGAAGAGGAAGUGGAACUGCAGCCUCAGGCUGCAGGGAAAGUGGGGGCUAAGAAACAGAGGAAGCUGGAGGAGAAGCAAGCCAGGAAGGCCCAGAGAGAGGCUGAAUUAGAGGAGAGAGAGGAACGAAGGAGAAUGCAGGAGCUGAGAGAGCAGGAGAAACGAAAGGAAGAUGAGAAGCAACGGCUUCUGGAACAACGAGAGGAGGAGGAAGAACGCAGGGCAAAGGAGGAGCAGGAGAGGAGGGAGGAAGAGGAGUACCAACGACUGAAAGAGUCCUUUGUGAUCGAAGAACAGGGAGUUGCUGAGGAGCUCACUGAACAAGAGUCCCACAACUUGCUGCAGGAGUUCAUCCAGUACAUAAAGGAUUCCAAGGUGGUCCUGCUUGAGGAUCUUGCUUCACACUUUGAGAUGCGCACACAGGAUGCCAUCUCCAGACUGCAGGACCUUAUUGCAGAUGGUUCCCUCACAGGAGUGAUAGACGACAGGGGAAAGUUCAUCUUCAUCACGCCAGAGGAGCUGAGAGCUGUGGGCAACUUCAUCAAGCAGAGAGGUCGAGUGUCCAUCACAGAGUUGGCCCAGGCGAGCAACUCACUCAUCAACUUGAACCCGGUGGAACCCAGCACUGCUUGAGGCAGACUGCCUGAAGAUUGCUCCACACACAGCCUCACGCCCUCAUGCAUUCACACCUUUGAGAAUACUCUAAUAAAA